UCGGUAAAAGAUAAGAGCGCAACGUUGACAGAGAGAAGGUUAGGGAAGGUGGAAUACAGACAACUUACACAAAACAAAACUGAGGACACUAAAAAAACUGAAAGGAUUUGAACUUUUCAAAGGAGAGUUCACACGAAAUGGCUUGCAUCAGGCGCUACUCAGAGGCGAUGACAAUGCCGGACUCUUUCAUUCAGCGCCAACAGCUCGAUGCCAGCAUGGCCGACACCUUCUUGGAGCAUCUCUGUCUGCUGGACAUCGACCAGGAGCCAAUCACAGCGCGCAACACCAGCAUAAUCUGCACCAUCGGUCCUGCAUCUCGAUCAAUCCCGAAACUCCAGGAGAUGAUCAAGGCUGGGUUGAAUAUUGCUCGUCUUAAUUUCUCUCAUGGCUCUCAUGAAUACCACAGUGAGACCAUCAAAAACGUCAGGGAGGCGGUGGAGACCAUGUCUUCCGACCCCUUGUGCUAUCGACCAGUCGCCAUUGCUUUGGAUACGAAGGGUCCAGAGAUCCGAACCGGAUUAGUGAAAGGGAAAGUUGAAGAAGAGGUGGAGCUGGUGAAGGGCAAUCCUGUGCGCGUGGUGACAGCAGACAGUGACAAAGACAAGACGGAUGAGAAGGUGAUCUGGGUGGACUACGUCAACCUGCCCAAAGUCCUCCAGAAAGGAGGGAAGAUCUACGUGGACGAUGGCCUCAUUGCUCUCAGAGUUGUAGAAAUAGGCUCUGACUGGGUGGAUACGGUGGUGGAAGCAGGUGGGACGCUGUGCAGCCGUAAAGGCGUUAACCUCCCCGACUCCGACCUGAUUGGCUUACAGGCUGUUAGCGAGCAGGAUGAAGCUGACCUGAAGUUCGGGGUGGCUCAUGGUGUAGACAUUGUGUUUGCCAGCUUCAUCCGUUCGGCCCAGGAUGUGAAGGAUGUGCGCCGAGCUCUGGGGCCACACGGACAAGAUAUCAAAGUUAUCAGCAAGGUGGAAAGCCGGCAAGGAGUUAAGAAUUUCGAGGAGAUCCUAGCUGAGAGUGACGGUGUGAUGGUUGCCAGGGGUGACCUGGGGAUUGAAAUCCCUGCUGAGAAAGUCUUCAUUGCCCAGAAGAUGAUGAUUGGGCGCUGCAACUCUGCUGGGAAGCCUGUCAUCUGUGCCACACAGAUGCUGGAGAGCAUGGUUUCCCACACACGGCCGACCAGAGCGGAGGGCAGUGAUGUAGCCAACGCUGUGCUGGACGGAGCUGAUUGUGUAAUGUUAUCCGGGGAGACUGCUAAGGGACAGUUUCCAGUAGAGGCAGUUGCAAUGAUGCACUCGAUCUGCAGGGAAGCAGAGGGAGCCAUUUUUCACCAGCAGCUGUUCGAGGAGUUGCGUCGCCUCACGCCUCUGUCCUCUGACCCCACAGAGGUCACUGCCAUCGGCGCUGUGGAGUCCUCCUUCAAAUGCUGCGCUGGGGCCAUCAUUGUCCUCACUAGCACUGGGAGGUCUGCACAUCUUCUGUCUAGGUACCGGCCCCGCUGUCCAAUCAUUGCCGUCACCAGAACCCCUCAGGUGGCUCGCCAGUCCCAGUUGUUGAGAAGUGUGUUUCCUGUCCUCUUCCACCCUCUUCCUGCUCCCAUCUGGGCCGAUGACGUUGACAACAGGGUCGACUUUGGCAUGGAGAUAGGAAAAGCAAGAGGAUUCUUCAAGUCAGGUGACAUGGUUAUUGUGGUGACAGGCUGGAUCCCAGGGUCUGGUCACACCAACAUCAUGAGGGCAGUGAAUGUCCCAUAACGACAUCCCUCCGCCGGACUUGUAACAUCACUGACGUUCUGGCCUGCCACUGAGACAAGGAUCAAUGUGAUGAAAUUCCCAGAACCAGUCCUUAAAUUAAAACAAUAAACUUCGAACUUUUGAGUAAUAUCAGGAAACAUUUGCUGCUGACUCUGAUCACAUUAAUGUUGACUUUGUGUUUGUUAAAAGCAAUGACUCCCUUCAAAUAAAACUUGAAGCAUUAA